GUUGGGGGAGUGUGUGUGAUGCUACAACCUCCUUAUAAAGGGACUCUCUCUCACGUUGUGGCUUGGAAAUUAGAGCACAUUGCCUAAAAUUGAGGUCUCCACAUACACACUCUCACACACGCCGAGUCACCGAGAGCCGCUGCCAUGAACUGGAUGAACGCUGAGGAGAUGCUCCGCAGGGCCGAGACGCCUCUCUUCUGGGUCGGCGCGUUAACUGUGGCCUCCCUGGCGCUGUGGCUGCUCUACAGGCUGCUCUCAGGCUUCAGGAUCUGGGUCUUGGGAAAUGGGCAGCUGCUCUCUCCGAAGCUGGGCAAAUGGGCAGUUGUGACGGGAGCCACGGAUGGAAUCGGGAAAUCCUAUGCGGAGGAGCUUGCUCGUCGUGGAUUUGCCAUGAUGUUGAUCAGUCGCUCCCAGGACAAGCUGGAGUACGUGGCAAAGUCACUUGAGGAGCAGUUUAAAGUAGAGACUAGGACCAUUGCGGUUGACUUUGGCAAGACGGACAUCUACCCCAAGAUCGAGGCGGGGCUGGCCGGUUUAGAGAUCGGUGUUCUUGUCAACAAUGUUGGUGUGUCUUAUCCCUACCCUGAGUACUACCUCCACAUUCCUGAUCUGGACAAUUUCAUCACAAAUAUGAUCAACGUCAACAUGACCUCAGUGUGCCAGAUGACCCGUCUGGUGCUGCCCAGAAUGGCUGAGAGGUCCAAAGGUGUUAUCCUGAACAUCUCCUCUGCCAGCGGCAUGUACCCCGUCCCUCUGCUCACAGUCUACUCUGCCACAAAGGCCUUUGUGGAUUUCUUCUCUCGUGGCCUUCAGGAGGAGUACAGGCGUCAGGGCAUCAUCAUUCAGAGUGUGCUGCCCUUCUUUGUGGCCACUAAGAUGACUCGUAUCAGGAAGCCCACGCUGGACAAGCCGACCCCAGAGCGCUACGUGGCAGCUGAGCUCACCACUGUGGGUCUGCAGAGUCAGACCAAUGGCUACUUCCCCCACGCUGUCAUGGGUUGGGUGACCACCAAGCUGGUGCCGAGCAGCAUUGUCAUCUUCCUGGGAGCCCGUAUGAACCGCCUGCAGCGUACCGGGUACCUGCACAGGAGGAAGCUGCGGGAGCAGAAAAACGGAGCGAGUUUGAAGAGCGAAUAGGAAUUCGGCAGACGGUUCUGCGGGCAGCCUCAUGCUGUUCUGACCCAGUGCAGUGUUUAGAGAAGGGAGAUGGUGUUUUUGAUUGAUCCUCCAGGGUUGCCUGAGAUUUCAACUUUGUGCCUUAAGUAAAGUUUCACAUCAGAGGGUGUGUAUGACUCUGGGUUUAAAAACAGCAAUGUGCCCUGAUGUGAUUUGUCUGGAGAGAAACAGCCAAACAAGGAAGGAGCUGAAAUGAUGAAAAAAAAAAAAAAAAAA